AUUCUCUUAGGUUGUUAUCGUUGUCUUUUAUCUAAGAGUACUUUAUUAUUAUUGUCAUUGUUCUGUUCAAAGAAUUUACACAUUCAAAACGUAUCAAAGACAUCCCCGGAUAUUUGGCCAGACUCGCUACAAAACCAUGAAAAAAAAAAGCAGUGACUUUGAUGGCGAUAUGUAUUUUGGAAAUUCCAAGUAUGAUGUGUUCUUCCCUCAGAAAGGUCCAAGAUCCUUGGGCGACGAGAUUGCAGGUGGUGACUUUGAUGGUGAUAUGUAUUUUAUAUCCAGAAAUCCCCAGCUACUUGAACACUUCAAGCCAAGUAAACCGUUGGUGAAUUCUUCUAAACCGAGUAAAAUCUACUCUGGUAGAAAUCCAAGUGAGCUAUCACAAGAAGAGUUGGAAGAAGAGCUUUUCAAAUUGUUCUUAAAUGCACGAUUUUGUAAGAGAGACGUUAUAGGGAUGGCUGCAGAUAGCUGGCUAGGAAUAAUGGACCCUUUACUCACCUUAGGAGAUGAGAGUGCUAAGAAAAAAUAUGAAAGGAAGAAGAAAAUUCUUAAGUUGAUUGAUAUAUACUAUGAUGCUCUUGAUGCACCAAAAAAGGGGGCUAAGGUUGAUCUACCACCCGACCUAGAGAUCGACAUUUUUCCACAUUACAUGGACCGUGAACAUAAUAGAGAUUUCAAGUCCACUUCUAUUCUUGGAUUAAUCUUUGACACUGUAGUAUCCCAUAAUGCAGAGGAACCCUCACCAUCUGGUACGGAUCUUCUAGUUAUUAUCAGUAAUCAUAGUACACAAGAACUCAUCAUCUCGAAUAUGUAUUAACGUCUUUAUUGUGUUGUAUGUUACAAUUUCAGAAAUCAGUAAAAUCUGGUGUUUUGAAGAUGAACCGGUCCCUAUUUUUUACAUGGAUAAAUUUAAAUCCUGGUACGAGAAAUACAAAGCUGAAAUGAACCAAGCGAUGAUGGAAACUGAUAAGGUUAAGAGGAAGCUAUUAACUAAUGAAUUUAUCCAGAAAUACAAGCAGGUAAGCUUCUUAAUCCAAUGCAAAGAUCUGCCAAUAGACUUCAUAUAUCACAUUUUUUUGUUGAUUAGUCCAUCUAAUGCUUCUUGUCACAACUCAUCGGUUGAACCAUUUCUUCUUCCUGUAUCAGGAUUUCUAUGGCGCUGCAGGGUUUGAAGACAGAAACAAAAGUCUGGAAGAACUCUAUCUGCAAGCCCUCGCACUCUACAACAUCGUUUACGAUUAUGCCAUUCAGGCAGGUGCUUCAAAAUGCGGGUUUGUCUGGUUGGUUGCAGGACCGGUCUUGUGCAGAUUUUACCUUAAAAAAACGCAGGAGAAACCAUCAGUGGCUUCAAACUCUGUGCUUAAAAAGAUUUUGAGUUGAAGAUUUGUCCGGUUUGUUGUCUUUCAUGGCUCAUAAGAUGCGCACUUAAGUAGCCUAACUUAUAGGCUAAGCUAUGUGGUGUAGUGCCUUUGUUUCAGUUCUUAUCUUAGAUUUCUCCUCUAGUAUACAAGUAAUUCCGUGUGUAUGUUUGCUUAUGGAAUAAAUUUUUAA